AUGCCCUGGCUGCUGCCUCUGUCCUGCAGCGUCUCCGUGGCCGCCGUGCGCUGCAGGCGCGGCCUCUGCCGGCUCGGGAUGUUCUAUGCGGUGAGGAGGGGCCGCAGGACCGGCGUCUUCCUCACCUGGAAUGAGUGUAAAGCCCAAGUAGAUAGGUUUCCUGCUGCCAGGUUUAAGAAGUUUGCCACUGAAGAUGAGGCCUGGGCCUUUGUGAGGAACUCUGCCAGCCCAGAUGGUGCAGAAGGGCAUGUUUCUAAGCACGGAAACCUUCAUUCAAAGAUCAGCAAGAGACCCCGGGAGCCUGUGGAUGAAGGUGAAGAAAGUGUGGAGCCCUGGGCAAAGCACAUGAGACAGACCACAGAGGCAGCUCCUGUAGUGAGCAAGGACACAUUUUCUUAUAUGGGUGAAUCGGUGGUUGUCUACACAGAUGGCUGCUGUUCCAGUAAUGGGCGAAGGCGUGCUCGAGCUGGAAUUGGUGUUUACUGGGGGCCAGGCCACCCUUUAAACCUAGGCAUUAGACUUCCUGGACGACAGACAAACCAGAGAGCAGAGAUCCAUGCAGCCUGCAAAGCCAUUGAACAAGCAAAGGCUCAGAACAUCAGCAAGCUGGUGCUAUACACAGACAGCAUGUUCACCAUCAAUGGGAUAACUAACUGGGUUCAAGGCUGGAAGAAGAAUGGGUGGAGAACAAGUGCUGGGAAAGAUGUGAUCAACAAGGAGGACUUCAUGGAGCUGGAUGAGCUCACCCAGGGCAUGGAUAUUCAGUGGACAUGCACUACCAUGCUGGGCAAAAGGUGGUAUAAGUUUUCACUGAACAUCAAGACCUCACUGAGG